AUGGAAUAUUCUAACAACUUCAGAAACCACACGUAUGUGGUCUCUGAAGUUGCUCUGAAGUUGGCCGCAGAACCUCGUCGAUUCUCAACGGUUCAGGAAAGUUAUCUCAAGAAUCCCGGCACUGAACCCUUGAUAACUGCCACAUUCGGUGACCGUCUAACUGACACGGCCAACAGAAACCCAGGGAAGAUUGCGAUUAAGUCAAUAUAUGAAGAUGUAACACUCACAUAUGAAGAUUUGAUGAAAAAGGCUGACUCAUUUGGAUGCGGCCUGCAAGCUGUGGGCUAUGAGGCGGGUGAUAAGCUAGGAAUUUGGUCGCAUAACUGUUCCCAAUGGGUUAUAGCUGUCAUCGGUGCUGUAAAAGCAGGAAUUAUACCGGUUUUAAUAAACCCAAUGUACGAAAAAUCAGAAUUAAGUUACUGCAUCAAUAAAACCGAAUUGAAGGGAUUGUUCAUUGGAGAAACUAUUAGAAAUAAAAAUUACAAUAAGACGCUGUAUGACAUGUUGCCAGAACUGAAUUCGUGUAGUGCUAGGAGUUUUACGACGAGACAAUUUACAAAUUUAUCAUCAAUCAUAACUGCUGGAAAGGAAAAGAUGAAUGGUAUUUUUAAUAUGGACGACCUUAUAAAGGAAAAUAUAAAUAGAAAUCCAAUAAUAUAUGGAAGGACAGUUAAGCCAGAAGAUGUGUGUAUAGUCCAUUUUACAUCUGGAUCAACUGGAAGUCCGAAAGCAGUUCAAGACUCCCAUUUAGGUGUUGUAAAUACAACACAUUUUAGUGGAUUACGAAGCAAUUUCAACGAAGAUCAUCAAAUAAUAUGCGUUCAAACGCCAUUGUUCCACGCUCUGGGAUCAAUUAUAACACUGAUGAUGCCUCUUCAUCACGGGGCGACUGCAGUUAUAGCAUCACCUAUUUACAGCCCAUCAGCUAGUUUACAUGCAGUCUGUUCUGAAAACUGUACUGCCAUCACGGGAACGCCUACUAUGUACGUCGACAUGUUGUCAAUGAUGAAGAACAGGGACGAUUUAUCACUGAAACUUAACACAGCACUUGUAGCUGGGGCGCCGUGCAGUCCAGAACUAAUUAGACGAAUAAAUGACAGAUUUAAAGCCAAAGUUGUCAGAAACCUGUACGGCCUCACUGAAUGCACAGCAACUGUAUUUCAAUCAAAGCCUGAUGAUGAAGACGACUUAGUGAUGAAUACAGUCGGUUAUAUCACAGACCACGUGGAAGUUAAGGUUGUAGAUUCCUCUGGCAAUAUGGUACCAUUUGGGUGUCAAGGAGAAUUGGCAGUACGAGGUUAUAAUAAUAUGAUAAACUAUUUGAAUGAUCCAAUUAAAACCAAGGAAACGUUGAGAGAUGGGUGGCUUUAUACAGGCGACACAUUUACCCUUACACGAGAUGGUUAUGGUAAAUUAGUUGGUCGUAGCAAAGACGUGAUUAUACGAGGAGGUGAAAACAUAGCUCCCAGAGAGGUUGAAGAUUGCUUGAACACGCAUCCGAAUGUCAUUGAGAGUCAGGUUGUUGGGGUAACAGAUGAAAGACUUGGCGAAGAAAUAUGCGCUGUUGUGCGGCUACACGAUAACGCCAAGAUGACCCUUGAAGAUUUAAAGAAACAUUGUUUUGGAAAACUAGCAACAUUUAAAAUACCGAAAAUUCUUAAAAUCAUGGAAAAUUUUCCCAAAACAGCUUCUGGUAAAGUACAGAAACAUAGAAUCAAAGAAUUGAUAGAAUCUGGAAAGUUAUAA